AUGCGCACAGAAUUCGAACUGGUUGAACAGAACCAGCUUACCCCGCCAACAUCGUGGCCCACCAAGGAUGCCAUGAAGCUGUGCUAUUCGUACGACUGGGUUUGCCGCCCGACGAUGCUGAUUUAUGAGAGGGAGGAAAUGAGCCAGUUCUUGUUCUGUAUCGGCCCUCCAGGAUUCUUUAUCAACGACGAGAACGACGAAGACGAGAGAAGCACUAUGGUGGAGCAGGGACGUUUGGACCUUACCGGUCGCCAUGAAUCGCGAUGGAAUGAGUACAUACCAGGCUUUGAAGCCUAUAUACAGGAUUUUGACGCCCUCGCGCCGUUCCUGUACAAGGAGAAGAAGUGUUCUCCCAUGUGGACCGGAACAUUUCAUACCGUGACGUAUCGUGUCAAGCCUGAGGGAGAAGAUACCUAUCGCCAAUGGCUCUCUCGAUGGAAGAUCGAACAUGAUCAGGGGGACCUUGCGGAUAUCAUUGCUCGUUCCUUGGAUGUGCAUGCGCUCUGGUUGAAAGGCUCGAAACCCCAAUUCCAGUCCAUCACACUUAUCGACCUGCCUGAAGACAUUCUUGAAGUAGUGUUCAGCGAGUGCUCUCGCGAAGAGCUAUUCAUUGUUUCUGGGACAUGCACUACGCUACGAUGGGCGAGAGACCACUGCCUGAAGGCCUGCGAGAUCCGCUUCACCCAGUUCAUGGGUUCAUUGUGUGAGAAACUUGAUCCAGAGUCUGACCUUCCCCGCCAAAUUAUCCCGUAUUUCAUCAAGGCGUAUGGACUUUGUCUCGAUCGUAUCGCCUACUAUGCUGCUCGCUCCAAGCAAUGUGCCAUCAUGGAGAAGCUUGUCAUCAAUCUCUGUUGGACCUCGGGGACCCAUUAUGGUUCACCUGUCUACCAGGCCUUGAAGGGUGCAUAUUGGGAACGCGUUGUCAAGUCUCUGUCCAAAGCAAUCAUCCCCCUCAUUGGGUCGAAGGGAACGCCCAAUCUCACCCAACUCUCUCUGACUGGUGUUUUGCUGGAUGGCCACGAACUCUUGGCUGUCUGCUCCCUUGGGAAGCUGAGAACCCUCUCGCUUUUUGAAUGCAAAGUCACUGCUAUUGAUACUCUGACGAAAUGGUUGGAAGGCAAUACACUUUCGUUGUCUUCCCCGGUGGCUAAUCUCCAUAUCCGCUUUGGCCCCUAUCGACCUGGACCUCCCUCUAGUCAAUGGGUCGUAUUACGCCUCCUACCUAAUAUCCGAAACCUCUCGCUCGAAUCUAUCGACUAUGCGAAUGGUUUUGUCCUCCCUGAAGACUCGGAAUUCUAUUCUCAACUUCGCUGCCUCGACUCCUUGGAACGCCUGGCCGUGACUCAUAUCAGGUCAGAGAGUGUUGGCUCUCUUGCGUCCUGGCUCUUGAUGCGCAGGCCUUUUCAUUCGGACACCAUUGCCGACAAGCUCACUCACUUCGAAAUCGUGAACGAUGUGCACAUCCCCCUGGAAGGAAUGCAAUUACUUCUUCGCUCGUUGCGCUCAAAUAGGUUGGAGGUUCUCACUCUCUAUGGGAUCCAGCGUCAAUUCGCUCGACCAGAGUUAAUAGGGGAAAUUGCUCAACUUUGUCCCAACCUUCUUUCCCUGAGGCUAAUCGCACACGGCAGCCUUCAAGCAAAGUAUCCAAAACCAAUCGUCUGGGCAGCUCCAUCCUGGAGUUAUGCAGCCUUGUUCGCUGGAUUCAAUUGUCUGGAGCACUUCAAGUGGAACUAUCUUAUCCCCGUUGAGGAUCCGACGCCCUUCCCGUUAGUACAUUUCGAAAUGGAGGCAAUGGAGCCGGUUGCUACUGCUUUCCCCGGAGAACUCUGGCCCUCCGAAGUCGACGACAGCACGCUUUACUUUGGGGACAACCAUCUCUCCGCAGCUCCGUUUGUGGCCCACUGUCCGACUUUGGAAUCGUUUUACUUGGACAACGAUUCACUUUGUUGUGAGAUAAUUCGAUGGGUUGAGGACGACUUGGGUUGUGAUGUACACAGUCCUGGAGUGGAUUUCGAGGAAGCUGCGACUGGAGGGGUGGGCGGGAGGGUGGAAAUUCGGGAUGUAACUCAGUCUAGGAGGGAAUAUGAAGGGGCUUGGAGCUGGGAUGGAUUGUAA